AUGCAGCUUACGGGAAUACAACGGGCUAGGGGUGCUGCAAUACUAUUUGCAGACGCAGAUGGUGCUACAACGUUUGAAGACUUAACUAAGUUAGAACUUGCAUUAAACCAACAUGUGAAGGCUAAUGUGAACACUCAGCCGGGACUGGUUGGUGACUGCCUCGCCAUUGUUAUUGGAUCAAGGGCACAUUUAGAAAAAGAAUCCCUGGCAACAAGAAGUAUUUUCAGGAACAUACUCAUGUUUGGCUUCCACUUCCUGGUUUGGUUGUUCACGGUGCGCGGCAUCCGGGACACACAGUGCGGCUUCAAGCUGUUCACGCGGCGGGCGGCCGCCAUCGCCUUCAGCAGUCUGCACGUCAAUAGAUGGGCAUUUGAUGUCGAACUACUUUACAUAGCACAAAAACUGAACAUUCCCAUAUUCGAGAUCCCUGUCAGAUGGACCGAGAUCGAGGGUUCCAAGGUGACUCCGAUCAUCUCCUGGAUUCAGAUGGGCUGCGACCUCGGCCUGAUCUGGCUCAAGUACCAACUGGGCGCCUGGAAGAUCAAAACUGACAAAAAAUAAUAAUAAUUUAUUAAGCUUAAUAGUGUUAUCUAAUAAUAGGUAAGCGCAACAUAUUUGAAUAAUGAGCAAAUAUAUUUAUUUACUUAUU